AUGAGUAUUGUCUCGCGGUUAUUCGGUAACCGCCGCUCUCCAAAUGCUCUCACCUAUUUUGACAUCCGACUGGACGAAGACACAUUGUAUCUCCCAGGCUACGGCGAAAGCACCUCCUACGGCCGCCUCAGCGGUACAGUAGUCCUAUGCCUGAACAAGCCCCUCGCAGUGAAAGACAUAAAACUGCACGCCAAGGGCGUCCGCUACGUCAACUGGGACUGGAGGACGCCGGACGGACAACAUAAGCGAGCAGCAUGGCGAGAGAUCCCCUUCUACCGCCAAAUAUGGAGCUUCCUGAACGCCUCCAAGGGGUCCUCUCAGACAACACUCGAGCCUGGAAACUACGAGUUCCCGUUCUCGGUUAGCCUGCACAGAAGCAUGCCGGUUAGCGUUGAAGGGCUGGAAGAUUGUUAUAUUCGGUAUGGCCUCACGGCAACGAUAUUCCGCGGUCAUGCUGGUCGCGUCACAACAUCCAGAAAUAUGAGCGUGUCAAGAUCGCAGAGCCAUCUCGCAUUGCCUGAGCCAGAGAGCAUCGAAAACAUCUGGCCCGAAAAAUUAAUCUACCAAAUGAGCAUGCCCGGGAAAACAUUCAACAAGGGCGGGCCUAUUAAGCUCGAUUUCCGCUACGUGCCAUUGACGAAAGGGAUCCAGCCCAAAACCAUAAAACUGCAGCUGGUAGAAAAGCACUCGAUCCAUUUGUACAACAACCCCGUGCUCGGCCGCACGAGGGAACGCGUUAUCUGCGAGGAUGAGUCCGGGAUUGGGGAGUGCUUGUUGGACACGAAUACUGUUGCCAGUGAAAGGCAGCCGCAGGAAGAAGAAUGGCUUGCUUCUUCGCAUUGUAUUUGGAUUCCGAGGUCUACACCCGAGUGUCUUCCCAGCAGCCGAACGAAUAUUAUUGAUGUUACGCAUACGUUGAAGAUAUGGGUAAGGCUGUUGAAUUCCGAUGGGCAUUACUCUGAGAUUGUCACCAAAUUUCCUAUAUCUAUAUGUUCAGCACCGGACUGCAAACCCAAUGUCCCUUCUUUAUACGCUCUGUGCGGCAAUGGAGUCCAGCCGCCCCCUGCCUACGAGGACCAUGUUCGCGAUCCAUUAUUUGAUGGAACGAAUAUCCAGAUGGUGGAGAGAGGAUUGGAAGAUGACAGAGUCGAAAGCUCACAGCCUCACUCUCAAACGGAUGAACUCGUGGCUGAGCCAGAGACCAAUCGUCCAAGCAAUUUAUCCCUGGUCCCUUGCUACAUGGCAGCAAUACAGUCUCAAAUCCCGAGAAGCGCAGGGAGCCCGCACUACUGGAGUGUGGUUUCCGGCGGAUGA